AUGGAACACGUCCUUGUCACCGCAGAUGAGAAUGGUGAGUACUUGUGCCCUCAAUGCGAGGUCAAGUACACCCGCCAGGAGUCACUGCGCAUGCACUGCACACGCAAAUACGGGCUCGCCAUCACCUUCAAGGUCAAGCGUACUGCUGCCGAGAAGAGCGAACAAAGCCGCCAGCGAAAGGCAAAGUGGUCCGAGAAACAAGCGGCAAUUCGUGCCCUUGUUUCGCUUUCGACCGUUGAAGAAAAGCGCGAUGCGUUUUCGCGUCGCGACGCGAGAAAGCGUGGGGUCCAUGAAGCCAAGGAUCCCAUCGUCUACACCAAGAUGUCGUCGAUCCAGAAUGCAGGUCUCGGAGUGUUUGCGGCUGUCCUGGUGACGUGGUCACUGCCUACGACGGUCAACUCACACAAGAUUUUAUUGGUUAAAAUAGUUCAGGCUUUCCAUUCAUGACGCACCCUUAUUGGUAGG